AUGACUGAAGCUUUUCGCGAUGAAUUCCUGAAGGGCCUGGUGGACAAGACUCAAUGUGCUAGCGUUCCACGACUCCGCGUCUGCACCAAUGAACUACCCAUCUACGACCUGAACGACGCGUCCGUUCGCAACCUGCUUGUAACGCGCAGCAAACCAGAGACUUUCCAGCUCGGCACAGGGGCUUCUAUCUUCACCAGCACCUUGAUUCCUGCCAUCAUAUCAGCUCAGUUCGAGGUCAUCCUCGUAACGUGUUUUUGGGCACCAUCUGCGACCUUGACGGCUCUGUGCGACGCCCUGAAAGCGCUUGCUGAACACCGCCGCGCGUUUAUCAAUGAUGCAGUCACUAGAGGGAAACCUGCCCCUCCGUCUCUAACUAUUCGAAUAUGUUUCUCGUCACGUUCGUUCUUUCAGAAGUUGCUGCAUCCUCAGUCGCGCCGUGGGUACGUCUAUCCCCCUUCGUCAUGGUCCAGCAAACUUGGCCUACCUGAGCCGGCACUGCUCGAGGCUGGAAGAAUCAAGCUGCAGGUCAAGAGUCUAUUCUUUCUUCCAUUCAGUGUGAUGCAUCCGAAGUACAUCAUCGUCGACAGGAAACGAGCGUUUAUCCCGAGUUGCAACAUAAGCUGGGAACCAUGGCUUGAGGGGUGCGUGGAGAUCACUGGUGACGCUCUGAAAGGGCUGCUGUCCUUCUUCGUCUUGACAUGGGGAGACACUCUUGAGUUUUCCUAUGAUCCUGGGUCUGAGGGAGUUGAGAACCAACUUCCUGAUAUUGGUCAGUCAAGUUCAAUAUUGGUUCGAAGCACUGCCCAUUGGAAGGCCGUUCUUCGCAAUUUGUCCGCGACGAUCCUCACGUUCGUGUUGCCAUCUCCUCAUCACCGUAACCCACGAUUUCGUCCGUUACCUUGGCAGAGCUACCCUGCGCCUCCUGCGACACCGCUCAAUGCGGCGCUUCUCCAGCUGUUCGAGUCGGCGCGGGAGUCUAUCUACGUCCAGACCCCAAAUCUUACGUCUCAGCCGGUGGUGAUCGCUUUGCUGGAGGCCCUUGAGCGUGGGGUUGAUGUGACCGUCGUGACGAACCGCCAUAUGAUGAUCUUCGAGCAGCUUCUCACCGCCGGGACCAUCACGGCUUGGUCGCUCCGGUCGCUAAUUCGUCGUUACGGUCAGAUCAAAGCAAGAUACAGCGACAGCGUAGAAGUUGGCGAACUUGAGGCUAGGCUUAGUUGCCCUGGGCGGCUUCGAGUCGCGUACUUCCACUCUCGGUCACAUCCCGUAGACUCUGUCUACCAUGACGAGUCAGGAGCGCAUGCAGUGUCGAGUAGCGCUGACAGCGAGGAGCCCGUUCAUUCGCACUUAAAGUUGAUGAUCGUUGACGACGAGUAUGUCAUGCUUGGCUCGGGGAACAUGGACCGAGCCAGCUGGUAUACGAGCCAGGAACUGGGUGUUAUGUUCCACAGUCGUGAGCUCGCGGAGCAGAUCCGAGGUGGACUUGAUGAUGUUUUGGAAGGUAGACUUAGCGUAGUGUUUGAUUCGGACAAUUGA